AUAAUCAAACGCAUGUGAAAAAUUUCGCAAAUACUACAAAAGCGCACACACACACACACACCACACACAAGUGCAGUUCCGAGCAGAGUGUGGCAUCUCUUGAUCUAUAUCUUCUCUCUGCACUCGUUCAAUCAUCCAUUAAUUUUUCCGGCGAAUUAUCCGAUUCUCACUCGGAUAGAUGGCGAAUCUGAACGGAGCGACGGCGGAUCUGAGGGCGACUUUUCUGGAGGUGUACUCGGUGCUGAAAUCGGAGCUUUUGAGCGACCCCGCUUUCGAGUGGAACGAAGGUUCACGCCAAUGGGUCGAGCGGAUGCUGGACUACAAUGUGCCCGGAGGGAAGUUAAACAGAGGCCUCUCAGUUAUUGAUAGCUAUAAGAUACUUAAGGAAGGAAAAGACCUAACUAAAGACGAAGUGUUUUUAGCUAGCGCUCUAGGCUGGUGUAUUGAGUGGCUUCAGGCAUACUUUCUCGUCCUUGAUGAUAUUAUGGAUAAUUCUCAAACACGACGUGGUCAACCAUGCUGGUACAGAGUCCCAAAGGUUGGUAUGAUUGCUGUCAAUGAUGGAAUCGUACUUCGAAACCAUAUCCCGAGAAUUUUGAAGAAGCACUUUAGAGGAAAGCCUUACUAUGUGGAUCUGCUGGAUUUGUUCAAUGAGGUAAAUUACUAUUCAUUUAUGAUGAUCCAACAAAAUUAUUGUUUUCAAUGCUGA